UUAACUCCCCUUUUUCGACUCGAACAACCGCCGUUACUCCACUGCAGUCUGCCGCUGGUCUUCCAUCUCAAAAUCCCAGCCGUGAGUACAGAGAGAUGGCCAUCGGGAAGGGCAACAAGCUUCCGCAGGCGGCGGCCAUCAAGCAGAUGCUGAAGAGGUGCUCGAGCCUGGGGAGGAAGCAGGGCCUGGACGAGCAGCUGCCGGGGGACGUGCCCAAGGGCCACUUCGCGGUGUACGUGGGGGAGAAGCGGAGCCGCUUCAUCGUGCCCAUCUCCUACCUGAAGCGGCCCGAGUUCCAGAGCCUCCUCCGCCAGGCCGAGGAGGAGUUCGGCUUCGACCACGACAUGGGGCUCACCAUCCCCUGCGAGGAGGUCGUCUUCCGUUCCCUCACCUCCAUGCUCCGGUGAACGCCUCGCAGGCCGAAGCACCACCACCGACUGCUGGUGUUCCUUGUUUCUUUUUGUUCCCAAACCCCACAUGUACUGCUGUGGGUUGGACUUGUAGAUCUUAGAGCGGCCUGCGUCACGCGCCCCCCUGUGAAAAGUGACUCGACUAGAACAAGGGAAAACAGGUCUCCUUCCCCUGUUCGUA